AUGAGGUCACCAUCUAGAAAUGAGAUUUCCAACACAGAACUUGAUGCGAUUGUGGAAGAUCUGAAUAAUGAAGCGCUAACUGAAAUGAAUCACAAAAUUGGGGUGUUGAAAGUGAUUUGUGAGCAAGUGUCCGACAAAGACGAGAAACAAAAACAUUGCAUUGCCUUGUACGAAGAGUACAUCACAUGGUGUGAAGCUCGAAUUGAUGCCCAAAUGGUGAUCCACUUCGUAAACAGAUUCCAUGACGAGUGUUCUGCAUAUCUGCUGCUAUACCAUAAAAUUGAAGUCAACAUUAAACGAUAUGAGGAUGAGCUUCUUUGUCGAAACGAUAACUCGCAACGGACAGAUGCACAAAACCUCAAGCAAAAAGUGUUACGAAGAAGGAAAUCAAAUCCAUUAAAGAAGUGCCUCUGUUCGCAGAAAGGGGAGCGAGUGUUGACAGAGCUUUUGAAAGAGGAUUUCGAAAAAGUGAUUGGAUCGAAGAGAAUCACAGAUGAAGAAAUUGCAAAACUUAUUGAAUUGUCGAAGAGUCGAUGGGAAUUCUUCUUCUCAACUCUGCAAAAGUAUGACAGAUAUUGUGAGCUUCGCGAAUUGAUGAAUCGAAUCUUCGUAAAACAAUGGAUUGACGUCAUUUCUCUGCUGCCAAAUCAGGGCUUUGCUCAAGCGGACAUUUUAAAUCACUAUCGAAACGCGUGUGAUACGUUGGAGCUCUCCAUUCCAAACGAAAAACAUUCGACUUUGAUCACAGUUUUGGAGGAGUAUUACAAGCACAAGGAAGAGGAAAGAGUCCUAGAAGAAUUGCUAAAGAGAGCUACAACGAGUCAAGAAGCCAGGAAAAGCCAAACUUCCGAGUUUUACUAU